AUGUCUGCAGCAUAUCCUGGGGUUCUGCUGUGCAGCGAAUUGCUGCUGGAGAUUUUGGCGCCUCCUUUGCUGCGCCCUCUGCGGGGUGUUGCUGCUGCUGCUGCCGCUGCAGCAGCAGCAGCAGCAGCAGGGGGCGGCUGCAGCAUCCACGUGCCUGCAGCAACGCCGCUCAGCGCUGCUGCCCCUGCCGCAGCAGCAGGAGCAGCAGCAGCAGGAGCAGCAGCAGGAGCAGCAGCAGAUGUUGAAAGCAUCCUGACAGCAAUACACUCUCUUUACCGGGGGGUUUGCUCUUUGUGGCUCUGCAGCAACUGCUGCUGCUGCUACUAUGGGGGCCCCUGUGCCUAUGAGCCUCAGAGCAGCAGCAGCAGCAGCAGCAGCAGCAGCAGUGCGCCAACGCCAACACGGCAGCAACGCAGCAGCAAGAAAAGCUCACGCAACAUUAACAGCUGCUGCUGCGGCGGCAGCAGGGGAAGUCGUGGAGGUCUAAGCAGCAGCAGCUGCCGCAGCAGCGGCUGCAGCAGCUGCUGCAGCAGCAGCAGCUACAGCAACAGCAGCAGCAGAGCAGCAGCAGCAACCACACCCGGCAGGGCUGGUGGGAGCGAGAGCGAAGCGAGUACUGUUUUUGAAGGCAGCAGCAGCUCUAUAGACAGGGGCAACAGCAACAGCAGCAGGACCAGCAGCAGCAGCAGCAACAGCAGCAACAGCAGCAGCAGCAACAGCAGCGACAGCAGCGACUGCAGCGUGAACAGCGACAGCAUGGGCCGGGCCCGCCUGUUCUCGCUGGGGCGCCCUGCGCCCAAGCACAGCAGCAGCAGCGCCGCCGCCGCCGCCGCCGCAGCAGCAGCAGCAGCAGCAGCAACUUCCAGCUGCAGCGCCACCUGCAGCAGCACGCUGCGGCUUCCCUGCCCCCACGACGACUCUUGGCUUAUCGACGCAGUGUCUAUACACCUUGCUGCUGAAGUGCUCUCAACCCCCAAGCGCGACGCCUUCCUGCGGCGGCUGCUGCAGCUAAGGUGCAUGCAGCGGCUCCUGCUGCUGCAAGGGGCGGCACCGCUUGCUUCAAGCAGCAGCAGCAGCAGCAGCAGCAGCAGCAACAGCAGCAACAGCGACGGUAGCGACGGAAGCCACAUCAGCAAGCCUGCCAGCCCGCGGGCACGUGCUGCUGCUGCUGCUGCUGCUGUCGAGGAAUUCGUAGAGAAGCAGCAAAGCCAGCGGCAGCAGCAGCAGCAGAAAGAGCAGCAUACUCUGCAACUGCCGCUGCAGCAAGGAAGCAGCAGCACGGGCUUAGUGGGAGGCCAGAAGCAGCAGAAGCAAGAACCACAGGAGAAGCAGCAGCAGCAGCAGCAGCAUUCGCCUUUUGAGAGUACUGACUUUUUGGAAGAAGAAAAUGCAGCACAGAGCCCAGCAGCAGCAGCAGCAGCAGCGGCAGCAGCAACAGCAGCAGCAGCAGCAGCAGCAGUAACCCGACAUAGCAGCAGACAACAGCGCGGCCGGAGAAUGUUGAGACCCAGCCGCCGCUUGCUGCUGCUGCUGCAGCAGGCAGCAGCAGAAGACUGGAGGUGGCUGCAUGCAGAAGAUGAGCAGAAGCAGCAGCAGCAGCAGCAGCAGCAGCAGCCAAUGACAAGCAGCAGCAGCAACAACAGCAACGCGCUCAUCUGGCUGUGGUUCCACAGCCAAAUUAAGCAGUGGGCCUACAGGGCGGACCAGAAAGUGUCCAGUCACCCCGUCUGCAUACAGCGCAGGAGCGACACCAGCGGCAGCAGGCAGCAGCAGCAGCAGCAGCAGCUGCUGCUGCUGCAGCGGGCCUUGCUGUGGGCAAAAGCAGCAGCACUGCUGCGGCAGCACCGCAUGGUUUAUGGAAUUUCAAAGUAUCUAAAG